UAACUGCCCAUUUGGGUUGCUGUUUCUUGCUUUUUGUUUUUUUUCUUCUUCCGGCUCGCUUAGAUCCCGCCCUAUGUUUCAAGUUCACCAACAGGGAGCGAGCCCGCCAAAUCCUACGCCCCCACCCUCCACCCCACUGAAAGCGAAACCCCAUGCCCGCGCGCUCCCUUUUUUUCUCCACCCGCAACCUCGCUGCGUGGCCCCAAAGAGUGCAGUGUAACUUCAAGGUCCUUUGCAGAAUGAACAUGGAGGAAAGAAAUUCAUCUUUGGUGGUAGAAUUAUCUUACCCAGACUUGGUCAUCGAUGUAGGAAAAGUAACUCUUGGUGAAAGAAACAGAAAGAAGCUGCUGCAGAAAACUGAGAGAGAGCAAGAGACGGAGAAAGUUAUAAAGGCUGCGUGUGCUUUAUUAAACUCAGGAGGAGGUGUGAUUCGGCUGGAAAUGGCAAACAACGAUGAGCACCCUGUGGAGAUGGGGCUGGAUUUAGAAGAGUCUUUGAGAGCACUUAUUCAGUCUUCAAAUUUACUGGCUUUUUUCGAGACUAAGCAACAAGGGAGGCAUUAUUACAUUUUUGUUAAGUCUUGGAGCAGUGACAUUUUCCCUGAAGACAGUUCUUUUAAGCCCCGCAUUUGUAGCCUGAGUUCUUCAUUAUACCGUAGAUCUGGCACCUCUGUAGUUCCCAUGGAUUCAAGAGAGGCAUUCAAUUUCCUGAACAAGAAAAGAGAUACAAAAGUCUCCAGGAACGAACCCUGUGGUAAAAUUGUCAGGGUUAUACAUAAAGAUCUCUGUAACUCGGAUCCUACUUACCAAGUUUUCCAAAAAGACCAGCUUGAAUAUGGUGAAAUCUUGCCUUUCCCGGAGUCUCAAUUCAUAGAGUUUAAGCAGUUUGCUACAAAACACAUUCAAGAAUAUGUGAAAAACAUAAUUCCAAAGUAUGUCUCUGCAUUUGCAAAUGCUGAAGGGGGCUAUCUUGUUAUUGGAGUGGAUGAUAAGACUAGGAAAGUUCUGGGAUGUGCUAAAGAAAAUGUUGACUGUGACUCUUUGAAAAAGAAAAUAGAACAAGCAUUAUAUAAAUUACCUUGUGUCCAUUUUUGCCAAUCUCAAUGCAAUAUAGAUUUCACACUCAAAAUCUUGGAUGUUUUAGCUGAUGGAAAGCUAUAUGGCUAUGCUUGUGUGAUCGAAGUGAAGCCAUUCUGUGGUGCUGUGUUCUCAGAAGCUCCCAGAUCCUGGAUGGUGAAGGACAAGCAAGUCUGCAGCCUGACCACUCAGGAGUGGGUGGACAUGAUGAUGGACACAGAUCCAGAUCUUCUAUGGUUGUGCAAGGACUUUGAAUCUCAGCUGAGUCUGUCUAACAGGCCUCCUCUUAGCAGACCAGUGUAUUCCAAGAAAGGCCUGGAACAUAAGAAGGAUCUCCAGCAACAUUUAUUUCCAGUGUCACCAGGAUGUCUGAAACGUACUCCCAAAUCCCUCUGGAAGGAGCUGUCCUCGCAGAAUGAAGGUCUGGAGGAAUUAAUCAAUAAGCAAAUAUAUCCAUUCUCCCAGGGAAUUUUAAUUCUUUCUAGAAGCUGGGCUGUGGAUCUGAACUUGGAAGAGAAGCAGGGAGUCAUCUGUGAUGCUCUGCUGAUAACACAGAACAGCCCUCCCAUUUUCUACACGAUUCUCAGAAAGCCAGACGCAGGUGGGCAAGUCUACUGCACUCACACCGCCCUCACUUUGAAGCAGAAGCUGGUGAACGUAGGGGGCUACACUGGGAAGCUGUGUGUCAUGACCAAGGUCCUCCACCUGAGUCCUGAGAGCAAUGCAGAGUCCUUGGAGGGUUCAGGCUCUCUGAUCGAUUACCCUAGGGCCUAUGACCUUGUGAACACCCAGCAAAUGGAAGUCUUGCUGCAGUCCCUUGUGAUUGUUUUGCUUGGCUUCAGAUCUUUCUUGAGUGACCAGCUUGGCUGUGAGGUUUUAAAUCUGCUCACAGCUCAGCAGUAUGAAAUCUUCUCAAAAAACCUCCGCAAAAACAGAAAAUUAUUUAUCCAUGGCUUACCUGGCUCAGGGAAGACCGUCAUGGCUGUGAAAAUCAUGGAGAAGAUCAGGAAUAUGUUUCACUGCGAGGCAAAUAAAAUUCUCUACGUUUGUGAGAACCAGCCUCUGAGGAACUUCAUCAGUAACAAAAAUAUCUGCCAUGCAGUGACCCGGAAAACCUUCAUGAAUAAAGACUUUAAAAACAUUCAACACAUCAUCAUCGAUGAAGCUCAGAAUUUCCGCAUUGAAAAUGGGGACUGGUAUGAGAAGGCAAAAACCAUCACUCAGAGUGAAAAGGAUUGCCCAGGAAUUCUCUGGAUCUUUCUAGAUUACUUUCAGACCAACCAUGUGGAAUCUAGUGGCCUCCCUGCUUUCUCAGCCCAAUAUCCGAGGGAAGAGCUCACCAGAGUGGUCCGCAAUGCAGAUCAAAUAGCCAGCUACCUACAAGGAGUAUUGCAGGAGGUCAGAAAAAAUCCUCCACCUAACAUCCCCUCUGGAUCCCUGCAGAUGCUUCUUGAGGCUGAAUGGGCUCAGGGUGUUCAGGGAACCUUAAAUAUUAAGGAAAACUUGACUCUGGAUCAAAUAGUGACUCAUGUGACAGACACUUGCAAGCGUCUCUUUGAAAGGGGCUAUUCUCCCAAGGAUGUUGCUGUGCUUGUCAGCACUGCAAAAGAAAUAGACUGUUACAAGCCUAAGCUCUGGAGAGCAAUGAGGAAGAGAAGGGUAGUGCAGUUCACCGAUGCCAGUGACAUGGCAGGUGAUCACAUUGUGUUGGACAGUAUCCGGCGAUUCUCAGGUCUCGAAAGGAACAUCGUGUUUGGGAUCCAUCCACAGACAAUGGGUUCAGCUAUCUCACACAAUGUGCUUGUCUGUUUGGCAUCCAGAGCAAAUCAACAGCUACAUAUUCUGUGGCGUCGUAACAUUUAGGAAGAAUUCCAAACCAAACAAGAUGAAGCAAUUGUGAUGUGGAUGUCCAGAGGUGACAGUCUGCUUUGGCAUUUGGGGGAAAAUUCUCUUUUCGGUUCACAGGCCAACUAGAAAUUUGGGCACCGCUGACACACAGAAUUUGGAACUUCCUCUCUCUGGCUCUCUCCAUUCAGAGAUUCCCCCUCUAACUCCUUCCAGCAGCUAUUGUCCCAAAUUCUGUCCCCGAUUCUUCCAUCCAGAAAAAUAGUGGUUUUCUAAAGAAGCUUUGCUAACCCUACACAGCACAGGCUAUGACCCCUGCCUGUGGUUAAAAACCAUAAAAACAAUACAGUCUUCCUUUGUGGUCAUUCUUUCUUUCAAGUCUGGACCUCGACAGUGACUUCAUGAAGUUUUUUUUUUAAUUGUCCACGGUUUAUAGUUAUCUGCAGAAGAGUGGUCCGCUAGGAGCUGACUUGGCCAUACCAGAAGCAGAACUUGAAUUCUUGACAUUUCUCUUUGCUAUAUUGAUGUAGGACUUAGGAGAUUCCCAAGAUAAUUCAGUCAGCGACUGAGUGAGUCUUAAAUCAUUUUGGCAGAAUAAACAGCGCUGGUACAAUUAUUUAAUCCUUUAAAAUAGUUAUCCCCAUUUUCUUUGCCCUCAGGAUAGCCCUUAUUGAGCUUUAAUUGUGAUAGUAAGCAUUAAUUGUCACUUUACAGAGAAAUUAUAGGCCAAUAGAAAACAAACAAACAAAAAAUCCAUUUUCUCUGGGUUUUAGUGAAAGAUAGCAUUAGAGACCAAAAUCUUGUUCUAAAGGUGUGUAUGGGCUGUUAGGUAAACAGAACUAGGAAAGACAUAGAUCAACGAGUUAACAUUGCAGUUUCUCAGCUCUGCUCUGCUUACUGUUCUGUAAGAUACCAACUUAAAUUUUAAAUUAAGUAUGUUCUUGAGCUGUGAUUUUUCCCUUUUAUAUUUUGGUGGGUCAUCGUUAUGGACUGAAUGUUUUGUGUCUCCCCUAGAAUUUGUAUGUUGAAGCCAUUAAUCCUCAGUGUGGCCGUGUUUGUAGAUUUGGAAGGAAGUAAUCGGUUAAAUGAAGUCAUAAGAGGGAGCUUUGAUCUGAUAAUCUGAUAGGAUUCAAGUCCUUAUAAGCAGAGACACCAGAGAGCUCUCUCUGUCCGUUUCUCUGUACACACACAAAGAAUUUCAUGUGAGCAUAGAGGGAAACGGUGGCUGCCUACAAGCCAAGAGAAGACCUCAGAGUGAAACUAACCCUAUUGACACCAUGACCUUGGACUUCUCAGCCUUUACAGUGGUGAGAAAUAAGUUUCUGUUGCAUAAGCCACCCAGUCUGUGACAUUUUGCUGUGGCAGCCUGAGCAGACGAAUAUAGCCGUAGAAUUAUUCUUCUAACUAAAACAGUGAUACUCAAUAAUGCUACUGCAAUUACUUACUUGUUUUUCUGUCUAUAAGAACCCUUUUAAAACAUAAAUCCAAAUAAUAACAAUAAAAUAUUCCUAUAACUGAUGGAAACUUAAAACAGUACAUGGCUAAUAUUCCAUUUAUUAGUAAUCUUAUUCUACUGAUUUGUCUCCAUAAUGCAAAGUUUGAAUUUCUCUGCGUAUCUUUCUCGUAUGUGUUUGCUCAUGGAAUUCCAGCUCCUUGCCUUAAAACCGUAGGUCUUCUAACUUCAGAAAAAUAAGAUAUAUCAUCAAAUCAGGGGGGAAAAAGUUCUUUCUUUCUGACUGCAUUAAAUCAGAUACAACUCUGCACCAGUUAUUCUUGUAAAUGUUGUUUCUAAUAAAUUGGUUUUGUAAGA